AAAAUCCAAAUAAACAUAAGAAAAAAUGACCUUGUACGCUGAGGUAACAGCGAAAACCUUUGCUUCGAGUUAUUCCUUGGCAGUUUGCCAGAUUCACUCGAAAUUCAGUGGAUUGAGGGGUCUGUCUUGAAGCAUUCCAAACAUGUUUCGUACGCAAUGCAAAGAGCACGACCAUUCGGCAUUUUACAAAUUCUUAAAUAUGGAGCAGAACCACAAGAAUAACGACUGCUACUUUUUCUACUAUUCGACGUGCACAAAGGGAGACAGUUGUGCUUUCAGACAUGAGCCCUCAGCACUGGGGUGCGAGGUUAUGUGCUCCUACUGGCAGCAGGGUAAUUGCCUAAAUGAGAAAUGCAACUUUAGGCACAUGGAGCUUAAGAAAAAUCGCAAGUCGAUUGCGUGUUACUGGGAGUCGCAACGUGGUGGUUGUAAGAAACCACAUUGUCCAUUCAUGCACACCCAGCCACGUCCAGGGGGUGAGACAACCCCGACAAAAGCUACAGAACUGCCAACAAAACCUGUAAAUCAGGAGUGGUCGAACCGUCCAGACGACGGUAAAUUCGAUGGAAGUGGAACAGAAUCAGAUCAAGGACGUGGUAGCAGCGAGGCAGGAAGUUUCAUCGGCAGUCCAGCUGUCGAUCCUCUUAUCGUCAACUUUGACGAAGAAUCGGACAGCGAGGGAGUUUCACCAUCGCCGAAAAAGGCGCGUCAGCCAUCGAGAGUACCAUACUGCAAGACUUAUGAGGAGAUCAGACUGGAGGAAAUACAGGCAGAGAGUGCGGCAUACUAUUCAUACGCAUUUAAUGAUUACCCCAAGGACUUUGGGGGUGGUAAAUAUAAGAGGGUAAUGCGUAUAAGAGCAGCAACGAACAAGGUGUGCCUGUAUUCACCGGUUGAAAGCCAAUCGAAAACAUCUGACGAUAGUUUGAGCUUCAAAGUGCUGACACUGGAGGAGAUAAGAAGGCGAAAGAAUCUAGAGACGGCCAAGACUGGGUCACCCGAGGGCAUCAUCCCAGAGUCAAAGCCAACGGUGGGGAGAAAAGGGUCUGAGGUUUCGUUUGCAGAUGCCAUUGAGACCAUGACAGAACUGGAAAAACUCGAGGAGGAAAUACCAAAAUCGCGAAAACGUUCUCUGGGAGUGGAAACCGGGGGCGAUGUGAUUAGCAGCGAAUGCAAAAGGCGUAAAAUCAGCCGGAAUACGGCUGUACCACCUGUGAGACUGAGGAGAUUCAACCGAACUGAAACUCAGACAUCUCAGGUAAUUGGUGAUAAUCAGGGGAGAGACAGUGAGCCACAGGAGUGUGAUAAUUCGAGAACUGCGAUUGAAGUUCGUCUCUGUGACAGCAGUACUGAUGACUCAUCUAAUGUUAAUCAAGUUUCAACUUCAGUGAGUGGUACAACUGGAGGGGGAAUUUUGGCUAAUCCCUCCGAUGAGUUGAAGCUUGAUCAGCUGAUUGAUGGACACACGCAUGAGGAGGACGUGGACAACACGUCUGAUGAUAUUCUCAAGGAUAUCGAUGCUUUACUGACCGAAAAAACAGUCUGAGAAGUGCAGAGAUGACGCACUUUAUGAAUAAGAUUGAAAACUUUCAAAUGCUCAUUUCAAUGUAAAUAAUCACAUGGAUGACGAUGCAGUGAUUCGAUAUUCUGGGCUUGUGACUGUACUAUAUAAUUGUUUCGCAAGAGUCUUUGUCCCUGAUUAAUCGUUGGGCACCUGUGGAGAAUACCAUGAUUUUUCUCACCUCUUUUAAUCGCACAUCCUCACGUCCUUCUUAAGUAUUUAGAAAUUUAGAUUAAUAAUUAAAAGAAAUUAGAUUUAGUUAUAGUAAUAAAUGUAAUGCAAUUCGAUUUUUAGUUUUACUCUUUCACUUGUGAACAAUGGUUGUGCAGAAAAAAAAAGAGAUUUAAUGGUAGGACGAGGGUCGAGUCUGAUUGAAAUAUUGAAAACAAAUCAGAGUGACUUUACAACGGAAUUAUUGUUCAAUGAAAUAUAAGAUUGUUACAUUUUCAAUGA